AUGGCUCCCCGGCGAAAGGCGUCUUCGGUCCCUGAGGGAUACAAGGAGGAUCUCUCCAAGGGCAAGAUGCUCCGAUUCGAAGAUUCCUUGCCCCGUCUACCUGUUCCCUCGCUCGAAGAAACCGGCGCCCGAUACCUCAAGUCCGUCCACGCCGUUGUCUCCGAGACCGAGUACGAGCGCACCAAGAAGGCUGUCGAGGCGUUCAUUCGCCCCGGCGGUGAGGGUGAGCCUCUGCAGAAGCGGCUGCUGGCACGCGCAGCCGACCCCAAGAUCAAGAACUGGCUGUCCGAAUGGUGGAACCACGCCGCGUACCUGGGCUACCGGGACCCCGUCAUUCCCUAUGUCUCCUACUUCUACUCCUACAAGGAUGACCGGCUGCGCCGCAACCCGGCCCAGCGUGCGGCAGCGAUUACCUCGGCUGCGUUGGAGUUCAAGCGCCAGGUGGAUGAUGGCUCCCUGGAGCCCGAGUACAUGCGUGGCCAGCCAAUGGCCAUGAACUCGUACGAGUACAUGUUCAACUGCUGCCGAAUCCCCGCCGAGGGCGCGGACUUCCCACGCAAGUACGCCGCGGCCGAGAACCAGCAUAUUGUGGUGGUGCGCAAGAACCAGUUCUUCAAGGUGCCUUUGGUCGUCAACGGAGAGGCCUUGAAUGUCUCCGAGCUGGAACAGCAGUUCCAGCACAUCUAUGAGACCGCCCAGCCCGCGCCGCCGGUCGGCGUGCUGACCGUUGCGGACCGUGACCACUGGGCCGCUGCGCGUAAGAAGCUUGUUGCCGCUGAUCCAGCCAACGAGAAUGCUCUGCGCGACAUCGAGUCCUCCGGGUUCGUGAUCUGCCUGGAUGACGCUAAGCCCGUCACCCUGGAGGAGCGCGCGCACCAGUACUGGCACGGCGAUGGCUCCAACCGUUGGUUCGACAAGCCUCUGCAUUUCAUUGUCAACGAGAACGGUACUGCUGGUUUCAUGGGCGAGCACAGCAUGAUGGACGGCACCGCUACCCACCGUCUCAGCGACUUUAUCAACGCCACCAUCUUCAAUAAGAAGAUUGAUCUCUCUGCCAAGCCUGUGCGUUCUUCGCUAGCAGAGCCUAAGCCCAUCACCUUCCACCUGAAUGAGGAGGUCAACGAGGCCGUGGAUUUUGCUGCCCAGUACCACCGCAAGCAGAUUGCCGACCACGAGCUGGUUGUCCAGGCCUUCCAGGGCUACGGCAAGGGCCUCAUCAAGAAGUUCAAGUGCAGCCCCGAUGCCUUCGUCCAGAUGCUCAUUCAGCUGGCCUACUUCAAGAUGUACGGCAAGAACCGCCCUACUUACGAGUCCGCCGCCACCCGCAAGUUCCAGGAGGGUCGCACCGAGACCACCCGCACCGUUUCGGACGAGAGCGUCGCCUUCUGCAAGGCCCACCAAGAUGCGAACGUGCCUCGCGAGGAGGUCGUUCGGUUGUUCCGUGCCGCCCUCGCCCAGCACACCAAGUACACCCUCGAGGCUAGCGACGCUCGCGGUGUCGAUCGCCACCUCUUCGGUCUGAAGAAGCUCCUGCAGCCAGGGGAGAAGGUUCCUGCUCUCUUCGAGGACCCAGCCUACACCUAUUCUGGCUCCUGGUACAUUUCCUCCUCGCAGCUGAGCUCCGAGUACUUCAACGGCUACGGCUGGAGUGAGGUCAUCCCCGAGGGAUGGGGCAUUGCCUACAUGAUCAACGAGAACAGCCUCAACUUCAAUAUCGUCUGCAAGCGCCUCGGCGCUCACCGCAUGAGCUACUUCCUGAACGAGGCUGCCUCCGAGCUGCGUGACUUGCUCAUGCCUGAUCUGGCUGCCCAGCCCGAGAAAGCGAAGCUUUAG